AGAAGAUAAAAAAAUAGAGGAUCAAAAUUUAAUACUUAGAAACGCAUUGGACAAAAUGAGAAUACUAUGCCGACGCGUUGAUCGGUUUUAGCUCAAUUCCUCUGAUUUUGGUUCUUCACGAUUCACUGAAUCCGCAGAUUAUUUCUUGUUCGCGUGUUUCCUGUUUCGAAUCAGCAAAAUUCCAUCGUUUUCGUUUGAAUCUUUAGGUUUUCGGUUGCUUUUGCAUCUGAGAGAGACCAGAUCCGAAGUUUCUCGAAGGAAAUUGAGGAAGAAAAAAUGCCGGUAAGGCAUGGGCAAUCGUCGUUUCGAGAUCGGACUGACGAGUUCUUCAGCAUCGUCGAGACUCUGAGGAGAUCGAUUGCUCCGGCGGCGAAUAAUGUGCCGUAUGGUGGUGGUGGUGGUAGGAGCGAUGGGGGUAGAAGAGAGGAUCCGAGAUCCGCCGCGAUUGUCCAGUCGGAGUUUAAGAGGAGAGCUGCUAAUAUCGGUUUGGCCAUUCACCAGACGUCUCAGAAGCUAUCGAAGCUGGCGAAACUGGCGAAGAGGACAUCGGUUUUUGAUGAUCCUACCCAGGAGAUACAAGAGCUAACGGUGGUCAUCAAACAAGAGAUCUCUGCUCUGAAUACAGCUCUGCUCGACCUUCAAGCUGUUCGUAAUUCCCAGAAUAAUGAAGGGAACAUCUCUAGAGACACAACUACUCACUCAGCAACAGUCGUCGACGAUCUGAAGAACCGCCUGAUGGACACUACCAAAGAGUUUAAGGAUGUUCUUACCAUGAGAACCGAGAACAUGAAGAUCCAUGAAAAUCGAAGGCAACUUUUCUCUUCAAACGCUUCAAAAGAAUCAACAAACCCAUUCGUUCGCCAGCGUCCUUUGGCUUCUAAGCCUGCUCCUAGUCAAGCUGCUCCUCUUCCAUGGGCAAAUGGGGCUUCUUCUUCUUCUUCAUCUCAGUUAGUCUCAAGGAAACAUGGAGAGUCCGAAUCUGCACCAUUGUUGCAGCAGAGUCAACAACAACAACAGCAGCAGCAACAGAUGGUCCCGUUGCAAGACACGUAUAUGCAGAGCCGUGCAGAAGCUCUUCACAACGUGGAAUCAACAAUCCAUGAGCUAAGCAAUAUCUUCACACAACUAGCAACCAUGGUUUCUCAGCAAGGGGAGAUAGCUAUCAGAAUUGAUCAGAACAUGGAAGAUACAUUGGCGAAUGUUGAAGGAGCACAGAGCCAACUAGCCAGGUAUCUCAACAGUAUAUCGUCGAACCGAUGGCUGAUGAUUAAGAUUUUCUUCGUACUGAUUGCAUUUCUCAUGGUUUUUCUCUUCUUCGUGGCGUAAUAUUGAGAUGAAAAAAAAAUUGAUUUUAAAAAGAGUUUCAACCAUUUUAGACAUCGUUCUUUUUUUCUAUCGUAUCUUUAUUGACAUGUAAAGACCUUAAAGAGAAAAGUGAUCUUUAUGCUCUAUUCAGAUUAAUGGAGAUAUAUAUAUAUAUUGCCACUUCCAUGUAAAAUUGAUUUAAGCUUCUUAAACAUUUUUGUGAUUAUGUUUUUCAACUCUGUU